AUGUCUCCCAAAGUCACAAUAACACACCUAUCGGACCUAACACCCCCCUCCCAAGAACGAACCUGGCUCACAGCCCCGCACCCAACCCUCCCAAUAGUCGCAACAUGUAGUUCAGACAAGACCAUCCGAGUCUACUCCCUCACAAACUUCACCCUCCUCUCCACAAUCACCGGAGGCCACAAGCGCUCCGUCCGCACAGCAGCAUGGAAGCCACACAUGGCGGGGGAGUCCGUCCUAGCGACGGGCAGUUUCGACGCAACAGUCGGCAUCUGGCGUCGAUGGGAUAAUUACGGACAGGAAGACGGUGUCGGAAUGAACAGCGGUCAUACGCAGAACCAAACCGAUACCUCGACGGCAGCUCCCAGCGGUACCGACGCCGCAGACCGCGAAGAAGACGAAGAAGAAUGGCGCUUCGCAGUCCUGCUCGACGGCCACGACAGCGAAGUUAAGUCCGUAUCAUGGUCUGCAUCGGGGAUGCUGCUGGCGACAUGCUCACGCGAUAAGUCAAUUUGGAUCUGGGAGGAUCUCGACGACGGCGAUAACAACUUCGAGACCGUUGCUGUGAUGCAGGAGCACAGCGGCGAUGUGAAGUGUGUUUCGUGGCACCCUUCGGAGGAGUGUCUUGCCAGUGCAAGCUACGACGAUACCAUCCGGCUUUGGCGGGAGGAUCUAGAUGAUUGGGGCCAGGUAGCAUGUAUCAAGGGACAUGAGGGGACAGUUUGGUUUUUGGACUGGGAGGGGGAGGGAUCGAAGAAUUGGAACGGACCGAUCUCCGAUUCUGUUGCGGAGUCCGAGCUGAGCGCUUUAUAUGAUCAGUGGCGGUCCCAGAGAGCUCUUUCAGGCCCCCGUAUCGUCUCCUGCUCGGAUGACCGUACCGUACGUGUGUGGCGGCGCCAGCCGAAGGCAUCGCAGCAAAAUGGGCCGAUGUCUUCUGCGACGACGGGGAUCCCGAGUAUUAUCCGGCCUACUGGGACGGACGAGAUUUGGGAGGAGGAUGCUGUGCUCCCGCAUGCGCAUGAAUUGCCUGUUUAUGCUGUUGCGUGGAGUAAGCGGACUGGGCUUGUUGCUUCGACUGGUGCUGAUGGGCGGAUUGCGCUUUAUGAAGAGCGGUUUAUUACGCAGGAGCAGCAGGCUGAUUCAGAUGCUAUGGAUACUACGUCUGGUGAUGUGCUGCGGACGGAGUGGGUGCUUGUUGGUGUUCAGGAUGGGGCUCAUGGCAUUUAUGAGGUGAAUCAUGUUGCUUGGGCGAAGAGGGCAGAUCGAGGCUCUGGGGGCGAGGAAGAAGUGCUUGUUUCGACGGCUGAUGAUGGCAGUGUCAAGGUUUGGACUGUGACACGAUGA